GCGGGAAGGAGCGCGGGCAGCGCCGGCGCCAUUUUGUGAGCGGAGCGCGGCGGGAGAGGCGCAGUCUCACCGUCCCGGUUGCGUUUUGGGCGCAGGGCGGUCAAGAUGGUGAAGCUUUUCAUCGGGAACCUUCCGCGCGAGGCGACGGAGCAGGAGAUCCGCUCGCUCUUCGAGCAGUACGGGAAGGUGCUGGAGUGCGACAUCAUCAAGAACUACGGCUUCGUCCACAUCGAGGACAAAACGGCGGCCGAAGACGCCAUCCGGAACCUCCACCACCACAAACUCCACGGCGUCUGCAUCAACGUGGAGGCGAGCAAGAACAAGAGCAAAGCCUCCACCAAGCUGCACGUGGGCAACAUCAGCCCGGCCUGCACCAACCUGGAGCUGCGGGCCAAGUUCGAGGAGUACGGCCCCGUCAUCGAGUGUGACAUCGUUAAGGAUUACGCCUUCGUCCACAUGGAGCGCGCCGAAGACGCCGUCGAGGCCAUCCGCGGGCUGGACAACACCGAGUUCCAAGGCAAGCGGAUGCGCGUGCAGUUGUCCACCAGCCGGCUCCGGACGGCGCCCGGGAUGGGAGACAAGAGCGGCUGCUACCGCUGCGGGAAGGAGGGGCACUGGUCUAAGGAGUGCCCGGUCGAUCGCCCGGGCCAAGUGGCGGACUUUGCCGAGGCCUAUAACGAGCAGUACGGCGCCGUGCGCACGCCCUACGCCACCGGCUACGGCGAUGCCGUCUAUUACGAUGAGGCCUACGGCGGGAUGGCCGACUACUACAAGCGCUACCGCGUCCGCUCCUACGCCACGGCCUCUGCGUACGACGCCUACGCGGAGCAGACCAUGGCCCAGUUCUCCCAGUAUGCCCAGUACUCCCAGGUCCAGUCCUCGGCCAUGGCCGCCACCACAGCCAUGGCCAGUCGCAUCCCCACCACCCUUGACGCGUACGAUCGAGCUCUGCUGCCGACCCCGGGCGCGGCGGCCGCCGUCGCCGCCGCCGCCACUGCCGCCGCGGCGGCCGCCUCCUCCUCCUAUUACACCCGAGAUCGAAGCCCCCUGCGCCGCACGGCCGCCGCGGCCACCACCGUCGGAGAGGCCUACACGUACGAGCGCGGGCAGCUCUCGCCGGUCUCCUCGGUUGCCCGCGCCUCGCUCUACGACAUGCAGCGGUUCGGGCGGGAUCCGUACGCGGACCGGGCGCGGUAUUCCGCCUUUUGAGCCGGAGGUAAGAUAGUUGCGGCUGGACGUCGGGUUCCCGUCGCACACGGCAGCGGCUCCGCGCGUCGCGGGGCUGCGCCGGCCUUCCCGAGCCGGCUUCCGCUAACGAGUCGGUUCCUAACGGACACUACGCUCCUCCCCAGCCCGGUUCCCCCCCCCUGCUUCCCACUCUCCGCUCUCGGGAUCCGCUUGCCGGGUAGUUUGGGGGUGUCCCCCCCCCUAGCUGGUCUAGGCUCAGGCGUGAGCGAGCGGAGCCGCCGCCGUCCCCGCAGCGCUUGCUUUGCUCCGUUCCCCCGGAGCCUUUCGCUUCCCUUUUUCCCCUUCAUUUUUUUUUAAGAGGGUGACUGACCCACUCGUAGCUUCGGAAUUCCCAGCUGUGUAGGUGACUCCGGGCCGGCGCGCAGGUGCCGGCGCGUUCCGGCACUCCCUCCUCGCCGCCGGUAGCGUCCCCGGCUCCCGUUUUCCCUGUCCCGGAAAAUAAAUUUUUAACAAAU